AUGCAACAUCUAAGUCAUCCACCUGAUAAAAAAAUAUAGAAUUAUCAAUUUAGUUUUAAAUCCUUAUUAGGGAAAGGUGCUUAUGGGACAGUUUAUGCUGGUAAAAAUACUAAUGAUAGUAAAUUUAUAUAUUUAUUAUUUAGAUAGUAUUGUAGCACUUAAAAUAAUUGAUAAAAAGUUAUUACUAACAGAUUAUGCCAAUUAACUUAUAACAUCUGAAAUUGAGAUAAUGAAAAAAAUAAACGAUUCUCAUGUAGUAAAGCUAUUAGAUGUAUUAUAAAGUGCAAAUAAUACUUAUAUAAUAACAGAAUUUUGUAAUGGAGGAGAUCUAAGAGAGUUUAUAAAAACCAGAAAGUAGAAUAUCCAAAAUAUUUAGAGUAAUCCCUGAAGAGGAAGCACUUAAGAUCUUAAAGGAUUUAUUAUAAGGAAUAAAGGCAUUAUUAAAAUAAGGUAUCAUACAUCGUGAUAUAAAACCUGCAAAUAUUCUCAUCCAUGAAUCUCAAUUUAAAAUAACAGAUUUUGGAUUUGCAAAAUAAAUAGAUUAAAAUCUUGAUACAAUUAUGAAUUCUCUGGUAGGAACACCUUUAUAUAUGAGUCCUUAAAUUUUAAAAAGAGGCAAAUAUUCUUCUAAAUGUGAUAUUUGGUCAUUAGGAUUAAUUAUGUAUGAAUUGCUUUAUGGUCUAACACCAUGGCAUUCUUAAAAUUUGGUAGAAUUAAUGAACAAAUUAGAUUCAAAGGUAUAUUUCAAUCUAUUAUCAAAUAUAGCCACUUUCAUUUCCACUUCAUCCUUAUGUAUCUGAUUCGACUAAAUUAUUAAUAAAAGGAUGUUUAUAAAUUAGAGAAGAAAAAAGAUGGAAUUGGGAAGAACUUUUUAAAGCAGUCAAUUUAACUACUAAUGAAAAUAAAGACAAUUCUCCAACUUAAAUUAUUAAAGAAAUAAUUUAGUCACCUACCUAAUAAGAGAAUUAGAAUUUAUCAAGUAAUUAAUCUAAAUACUCACUUUAAAUGUAAAGAAUUAAAAAAAGGACUGAAUCUUUAUGUUAAUAAAUUAAUAAUCAUAAUCGUAGUUUAAGUAAUGCUACCUUAUAAACUAAUGAAAGAUCUAAUAGAUAUGAUAAUAAAACACCUGUUCAUGAUAAAUCUAAAUAAACAAGCAGUUAUUUAGAUUUAAGGGAAAAGUUUAUAGAAAACAAAUCUAAAUAACAAAAAGAAAGAAGUACCUCUUAAAAUAAUAGAUUUCAUACUUCUAGAAGUGAAUUGACUUCUAUUAUAGAUAAAAUUCAAAAUGUUAAAUAAUAAUUCAAUAGCAAUAAUAAUGAUACUUGUAGAACUCCAAGUGCUUUUCAAUCUCAUUCUACUAAUACUUCUAAUAAAUUGACAUUUGAAUUAGAUUUAGCUAAAGUUUCAGAAUUUCAAUUAGAAGAUAACAAUAAAGUUUCAGAAUAUCAUACUUUUAGAGAUCUAAAGACAGAAAGAGUUAAAAGAACUAAUAGUUUAAGUGGGCAUUUUCAAAACUAAUCAUUUUAAGGUAAAUCUUAAUUGCAAUCAGUUAUUAAAGUGAUUGAGAAACAACUUGA